CAAAUGUCUGUGACAUUUUCUGGACUAAAUAGUUCUAAUAGAGCUGCAGAGAGAUUUGGGUGUUCAUAUGCUUUUUGUGUGACACAAAGAAACAGGAUUAGUUUUACCUGGAAGGCAGAGUCAUGAGGCUCCCCACAGGCAUCUCAGUGUUGUGGUGCAGGGUUCAUUUGGUUUCUUCCGUUUCCCCCUAAAGUUAUAAUGGUUCGGUCCUAGGGUUCCCCCCCCCCCCCCCCCACCUCCCCUGGCAACCCCUCCUUUUGAGAGUAUCAGUUUUUUGUCUCCACCCCUGUUCCCCUGGUUACCCUCUGUCAAUCCCUCCCUGAGUUCCUGUCCAUCAGCCACUGUCCCCUUCCCUAUUUCCAGAAAGUUCUCCCCUCCUCGGUGGGUGACUGGAUCGGGAACAAGGGUCCCUCCCUGUCGCAUUCCCUAUUGGCGAGCCGGCAUGUUUGUCACGAGUUUGUUCCGUCCCAAGUUCUCUCUCAUUGGUUGAAAUGUUCUAUGUUCCGUCCCUUUAUAAUCGGCUGUACCCCUGCCUCGUGGUCCCGACUCGGCUGGCGUUCCCUGGAGACAUUAAAGCACUCUGGACUUUGCCCUGAUUCGGGUCCCUCUUUUCUACUUUGCCUUCUUGCUGAUCACUGCUGCCUCCUGCUGAGGCGCUGCCCGGACGCCCCCGGCGCAUCUGGGCAGUGCCCCCCGGCUGUCAGUUGCUGUGCCACAGCUCGGCCGGUGCAGCCUCCUCCCCCGCCCGGGGGAGUAGAGAAAAAACCUCGGACAGCAACUCGGCAGUUUUGGCGCCCAACGUGGGGCACUGGACAGCCCCGGACCCCGCGGCAGGAGGUUAGUGGCCAGCAGGCAGGUUUUGCCCUUCCUGCAUGGUUCAUCGGUUGCUCCGUGGACGUCAAGACUACCCUGUCUGUGAGCAGACCUCGUUGUAGAGGCGUGGCUCCGGACCGGGACGGGAUCGGCAGCUUCUGCACCCCGGAGUCGGUCCCCGGCGAAGUCCCUUCCCUUGGAGUUUUAUCCCAGUCGGCGCUGGUCAGAGGGUGAGUACCCCCAGCUCCCCAUCUUCGGGUGGUCCCCCUCGCCUAACCCCCCCCCAGUUUCGUCUGGUCGGGUCAGUGGUUUCGUCCCAGACCCGGUGGGGUUAGGGCUGGUGGCUGAGGGUUUUUUUUCUGUUCCUGUUAUAUUUAUUUUUACUCCAAGGGGUGGGUUUUCUGUGUCGGCAUGGGUGCUAGACUGUCGACACAGCAGAAAAGAGUUUAUCUCCAAGUUAUAACUAUCCUUGCUGGGAGAAAUAUUAAGUUAAUUAAGAGGGAGUUAAAGCAGUUAAUAAUGUGGUUGUUUACUCAGUUUCCUCAGAUUACCCCUGAAAUGGUUCAUAGGAUAGAUUUUUGGAAUUCAGUUGGAACAAAAUUAUCUCAAUUGGAUUCUGAGGGGGAAUCAAAGAGUAAAAAAUUAGUUUAUUGGAGCUUCCAAAUUAUUACAGCUUUAAACGAACAAGGGAAACUGAGGAAACAACUACCCCCUGGUUCAUGUUCGCCCUGUCCCCAAGUCCUAGAUCCUUGUUCCACCUCCUCUGUACCUCAGAAUAAGGGAAUCCUAAGGGAAACAGCUCACACAGGCACAGUGCCGGGUUCUUGCCAUCCCCCGGGUUUUCCUCAGGGUCCUCCAACCCCCCACCUCCGAAGUCCUGGCCAGACUUCGGGGGAUUCUUCCCCGAACCCUGUUUCCCCCACCCCGAAGUCCCCGGUUGUCAAGCCCAAAGCUGAGUUCUUAGUUCCAGAGGGUGACUACUCUCAGACUCUGUCUCAAAAUGGCUCCCAUGGAGCUCAAGAUGGAGGUGGCCACAUGGCUUUUCCCUCCAAAACCCUGUCUUCUUCCCACAAUCCUUUUCUUUUUCCCUCCAAGCCUGUUGUCCCCUCCCCUCCCCUACAAAACCCUGCCCACCCCUGUUUCGCCCCACCCUUUGUUCCUCCACCCUCUUCCACGCCCUUUCCUCCUCCCCCUCCCCUAGCCCCGCCCCCAAGUUACCACCCACAGGCGGAGCAUGUCCCAGCUCUCGACUCCGCCCAGGCUCCCAGCCCCACCCAGGUUCCCACGCAAUGCCCCUCCCUCCCCUGUUCUGGUUCCCACGCCCCACCUCCUGGUUCCCACAACCCGGUUCCCGGGGGGGGGGCAGGGUUGGAGAACCGGAACACAGGGCUUGCACCUGUGAUCACUGCAGCCCCUGUCACAUACCAGCAGGAGGGACAGGGACCGGUCAAAGCGCAGUGGACCCCAUUCCCCCACUCCACCAUCAAGGAGCUGUGCAAGGCUCAAAAGGAGUUCUCCCGGGAGAGUGAAUAUUUCCGGGGACUCCUUCGAGCCUCUUUAUUAGAAACUAAUGUUGUUCCUGCUGAUUUGCGGACACUUUUUUCAUGUCUUCUCAACCCCACUGAAUUCGGGGUAUGGGAAGAGGCAUGGAAAAAGGGAAUAAGGGACAUUCUCCCAGACUUAUGGGCAGAUACCCAAACAAGCACAAUCCGUGGUGGUGAAGCGGUGUGUACCGAGCACCUUAUCGGUACCGGAAAUUGGGCCGACGGGGCGAUCCAAGCAAGGGAUAUCCCCCGUGCUGUGCUCCGGGAAAGCGCCAAGGUAGCGGAGCGGGCUUUCCUAUCAUUGAAGACUGCAGUACCAUCUCUUACAUUUUCUAAAAUAAUCCAGGGCAGUGAGGAGCCUUUUAUAAUCUUUGUCGAGCGUCUCCGCAGGGCUAUAGAACAGCAAGUCCACAGCGAGAGCGCUCGACCGAGCGUCCUGCUCGAGAUGGCUGCCACCAAUGCAAACACCGCCUGCAAGGCAGCCAUCCUCAGCCUGCCCUUGGACCCGCCUCCCACCAUCCAGGCAAUGAUAGAGGUUUGCCAGACGAAGGUUCCGGUCAUCGCUCGGCAGGACACUGACACCAAGCCGUCGCCCCGCCGGGUGUCCUUUGCCGAACCAAGGAACUUCUUUGAAGCAAUGCCCGCACAGCCACAAUGGACUCAUACCCUGCCAAGGCCGCCGCCGCGUGGACAGUGCCACCUCUGUGGCAACACUGAACACUGGAUGCCGGACUGCCCACUCCGAACUGAGUUUUAUGAGUUCAGGAGGAAGCAGACGGCAUCCCAGGAGGGUUUUAAGAAAGAUCAAAAAAACUAAGGCAGAAGCGCAGCCCCUCCCUGCGCGAGGACAAAAAUGGGGCGGGUGACUCAACAUCUAAGAAAGGGGAUUUGGGGAGGGGAUCCCAAUUUACCCACCCAACUCUUCAACACAAUUUACCGGACUUGACUUCUUGCAAAACACCGAUUCUUACGUCUCUAACCACCUCCUCUUUGGUUUCGCCCUACAGGUUGCAGUUAGUCGAGUCAGUUAAGAUCAUGGACUCCCAGUGCCAUCUUGCGAUGGUCGCACCUCAGGCACCAGUUGGACCCUUCUUCAUCAUGAUUUCGCUCCUGUUGAUGAUCCACCCAGCCGACCCCUGGAUCGUUCCCCAACCAAAGGCGAAUGUCUGGCGAACCUUGGCUCAAGCGAUGGGGCAAGACCACCUGUGCCUAUCAACAGCUUCUGCAGCAGACCCCCUCUCGACUUGUCUUGUGGGAAUUCCAUUUGGGUUGGAUGAUUUUCCCCCUCCCUUACUCCCCCACCUAAAGCACCUGUUUCCGGAGUUCGACCCUGUUGGUUCCAUCAAUCCCAGAUACUGGUGGGAAAAAAUCAUGAAACUUCUUAAUUAUACCACUGAUGAGCCCACGGAAUUCGAGCUGCUCGGCUCCGCACGCGCCUCCCUCUGCCUCCAUUUCCUCCCUCACCAAGGUGCGAUCCCAGACCGGGUGGUACACUUUAAGAAUGAGAGGUAUCAAACAAAGAACUGGUGCAAUUUCACCACCACCGUUUAUGUUCCCAAUACCUUUUAUUUGAAACCCGUGCUCCUCCCUAAAGGCGCGUUCCUAAUUUGCGGUAACCGAGCGUGGGCUGGAAUUCCCCCUCGCCUGUCCGGAGGGCCCUGUACUUUUGGGCGGUUGACGCUGCUUACCCCCAACUAUACUCAAAUUCUCAAUUGGAAAACGAAAAAUGUCACACAGGAUUUGGCCAGAGUUAAGAGAGACACCCACAAAAUUGACCCAGAAUGUGACACCGAAAUUGUUCAUUGGUCUAGACCCAGAAAUAUUGCGGUUUCGGUAUUUUUGCCAUGGGUGGCCGCAGCUAAAGCACUAGGGGAAUUGGGCAACCUCGAGUGCUGGGUGGCGAAGCAAGCGAAUUUGACCUCAACUGCCCUAGCGGACCUCCUGGCUGACGAGGAAACAACGAGGAAAGCGACCCUCCAAAAUAGGGCGGCAAUCGAUUUCCUUUUGUUACUUCACAACCAUCACUGUGAGGAGUUUGAGGGGCUCUGCUGCAUGAACCUGUCGUCACGAGCCGAGGACGCCAGACACACCAUCCGCCAGAUGUCCGAGGACGUCAACAACAUCCGACAACAGACCUCGGACUGGUUGGGGGACUGGCUAUCCAAAAUGGGAGUGACAGGCUGGGUGGGCUCCAUCAUUCGUACCAUUUUAAUUAUUAUCUUCGUUUUACUCUGUUUAAUUUUUGGUUUCUGCAUAAUCUAUAAGUUACUGACCAGAAUUUUGUUUGCCUCAACCCCCCAAAUCAACCAUGUUGAGGCUCCUGCUGACCCUGCUCCCAUCCCUGAAGAACCUUCCUGUGAAAAGACGCAUUGGGAGCAAGCCCCUCAAUCCUCCCUAUGGUUUUCAGUUACUACACCAGUUUAAGGACAAUUUUAGUUUUAUUUUUAUUUUAAACAAAGAAGAGGGAGAUGUUGUGGUGCAGGGUUCAUUUGGUUUCUUCCGUUUCCCCCUAAAGUUAUAAUGGUUCGGUCCUAGGGUUCCCCCCCCCCCACCACCUCCCCUGGCAACCCCUCCUUUUGAGAGUAUCAGUUUUUUGUCUCCACCCCUGUUCCCCUGGUUACCCUCUGUCAAUCCCUCCCUGAGUUCCUGUCCAUCAGCCACUGUCCCCUUCCCUAUUUCCAGAAAGUUCUCCCCUCCUCGGUGGGUGACUGGAUCGGGAACAAGGGUCCCUCCCUGUCGCAUUCCCUAUUGGCGAGCCGGCAUGUUUGUCACGAGUUUGUUCCGUCCCAAGUUCUCUCUCAUUGGUUGAAAUGUUCUAUGUUCCGUCCCUUUAUAAUCGGCUGUACCCCUGCCUCGUGGUCCCGACUCGGCUGGCGUUCCCUGGAGACAUUAAAGCACUCUGGACUUUGCCCUGA